AUGGAUGAAAGCAGAGACCAUCAUUCUUCAAUGGAUAUGAGCAGAGACCAUCAUUCUUCAAUGGAUAUGAGCAGAGACCAUCAUUCUUCAAUGGAUAUGAGCAGAGACCAUCAAUCUUCAAUGGAUAUGAGCAGAGACCAUCAUUCUUCACUGGAUAUGAGCAGAGACCAUCAUUCUUCAAUGGAUAUGAGCAGAGACCAUCAUUCUUCAAUGGAUAUGAGCAGAGACCAUCAAUCUUCAAUGGAUAUGAGCAGAGACCAUCAUUCUUCACUGGAUAUGAGCAGAGACCAUCAUUCUUCAAUGGAUAUGAGCAGAGACCAUCAUUCUUCAAUGGAUAUGAGCAUACACCAUCAUUCUUCACUGGAUAUGAGCAGACACCAUCAUUCUUCACUGGAUAUGAGCAGACACCAUCAUUCUUCAAUGGAUAUGAGCAGAAACCAUCAUUCUUCAAUGGAUAUGAGCAGAGACCAUCAUUCUUCAAUGGAUAAAAGCAGAGACCAUCAUUCUUCAAUGGAUAUGAGCAGAGACCAUCAUUCUUCAAUGGAUAUGAGCAGAGACCAUCAUUCUUCAAUGGAUAUGAGCAUACACCAUCAUUCUUCACUGGAUAUGAGCAGACACCAUCAUUCUUCACUGGAUAUGAGCAGACACCAUCAUUCUUCAAUGGAUAUGAGCAGAAACCAUCAUUCUUCAAUGGAUAUGAGCAGAGACCAUCAUUCUUCAAUGGAUAUGAGCAGAGACCAUCAUUCUUCAAUGGAUAUGAGCAGAGACCAUCAUUCUUCAAUGGAUAUGAGCAGAGACCAUCAUUCUUCAAUGGAUAUGAGCAGAGACCAUCAUUCUUCACUGGAUAUGAGCAGACACCGUCAUUCUUCAAUGGAUAUGAGCAGAGACCAUCAUUCUUCAAUGGAUAUGAGCAGACACCAUCAUUCUUUAAUGGAUAAGAGCAGAGACCAUCACUCUUCAAUGGAUAUGAGCAGAGACCAUCAAUCUAGGUCAUAA